AUGUCAAUCGAGGCACCAGUUUCAGUUUCCGGUGUUUCCGAAUCACAAGGACGGGUUCUAAGCGCCUCGUGUCUUGAUUUUCUCCUAGUAGAGCUGGUACCCAUGGCAGAACGUCUAGCGAAGGAACUUUCGACCGAGGACACAAACCCCGAUGAUGAAGAGGUUAGAGAAGCGACGUUUUUCCGCCUCGAAUCCCUUGGUUAUCGGGUUGGGCAAGGCCUUGCAGAGCGAUUCUCUCGGGACCGCCCUAGAUUCACGGAUAACCUUGAUGUUAUUAAGUUCCUAUGCAAAGAUCUAUGGACCAUACUUUUUAAGAAGCAGGUCGAUAACCUAAAGACCAAUCAUCGGGGCGUAUAUGUUCUGACCGAUAAUUCUUUUCGACCAUUUGCAAGGAUGAGCAUGUCUGUGAGAAGCGAGGCUGUGUCUAUGGCUCAAGCGUACCUAUGGUUUCCGUGUGGUGUCAUUCGCGGCGCUCUAUCAAACCUGGGGAUUAAUACUACUGUUCAGGCGGAGACGGGUGAGCUUCCGGGGGCAACAUUUCAGAUCAAGACAGUUCAACCCAAAUCAUAA